UGGUGCCCACCGCCUUCGUUAUCAACCCACGUGGAUAGAGAGGACGCUGGCUAAAAUGCGUUCCUCCACCAUCAUCGGUAUACUUGUGUGUGUUUCUGCUGCAGUUUUUAGCAUGUCCAUUCCAAGAAGGGAAAGACUCUGGCAUAAAUUCACUACCUACAAAUAUCCACAUUUGUCCUCUAUGAGUCCAUGGGACGGCCCCUCAGGAAGAGAACCAACUUGUGAAGAACUGAGAGCAAUGUGGCGUUUCUCAAAACGCCAGUCACGCAUCACAGAACUCACUAAUGAGGUACCAAUGUACAAAGAUCCAUUUGCUUAUAACGUUUGGGAACCAUAUGGACAUACAAGAUCUCUAGGAAAUGAUAUUCUGGAUGCCAGAGGAAGAAACUAUGUCUAUGGCACAGUUGUUCAUUAUCCACAACAACGUCAGCCUUCUGAAGCUCGACAAAAGUACAGUCCCUAUGAUGAAGUAGUUAGGCUUCUUCAUCGAUCACCCUACAUGAGCCCCUCACCAGUUUAUGCGUCUGCUCACCAGCCAUCUCCACGUUACAGUAGAUUUGAAGAAUUAAAAAACAUCAUACGAGCAGAGAGAGCCCAAGAGCAGCAGCAGCAACAGCAG